AUGUCAAAACUCCUGAUUUCUAGGAGCCUUGGCCGGCCCCUUCGGCGGCCGCUCUACCAGUUUUGGAGCACUGGCAUCAUCAAGACGAGGACCUUUGCGACGGUCGAAUCCGAUGCGAGGCCCUUUGAUGUCGUCGUUAUUGGCGGAGGUCAUGCUGGAUCCGAGGCGUGCGCUGCGGCUGCCCGCGCUGGCGCGAGGACGGCGUUAGUGACACCCAGCGUCGAGAAUCUUGGUGUUUGUUCCUGCAACCCUAGUUUCGGCGGUAUCGGCAAAGGAAUCAUGAUCCGCGAGAUUGAUGCUCUCGAUGGCCUCGCUGGCCGUAUCAUCGACCAAGCCGGUGUUCAGUUCAGAGUCCUCAAUCGGAAGAAGGGUCCCGCCGUUUGGGGUCCUCGCGCCCAGAUCGACCGAGCGCUAUACAAGAAGCACAUGCGCGCAGAGCUCGAAUCAUAUCCCAACCUCUCCCUGGUCUACAACAGUGUAUCCGACAUUGUAGUUUCCGAAAACGAUAAUCCUUCCAACGGAGCGAGAUCCAAGAUUACUGGUGUCAGGUUGGAGUCGGGCGAGGUCCUGCCCACAAGUCAAGUGAUCAUCACCACAGGAACAUUCCUCGGCGGCGAAAUCCACAUCGGUAUGGAAGCAUAUCCCUCGGGCCGCAUGGGUGAAAAGGCGACUUUUGGUCUCAGCAAGUCGCUUAGGGAGGCCGGGUUCAAGCUCGGGCGCUUGAAGACAGGAACGCCGCCACGGUUAGACAAGAAGAGCAUCAACUUCGAUAUUCUCGAAAAGCAGUAUGGCGAUGAUCCGCCAAACCCGUUCAGUUACCUAAACGAGGUUGUCGCUGUCAAGGACCAACUUCACUGCUGGGCCACCUACACCAAUCAUGCGACACACGAGAUUGUGCGCGCAAAUCUCGACAAGACGAUUCAUAUUCGUGAGACAGUCAAGGGACCUCGGUAUUGCCCUUCGCUCGAGUCCAAGAUUAUCCGCUUCAGUGAGAAGGAGCGCCAUCUUGUGUGGUUGGAGCCCGAGGGUUUCGACAACAAUAUUAUCUACCCGAACGGAUUGAGUAUGACUGUGCCCGCCGAGGCCCAGUUGGCAUUGCUUCGCACCAUUCCCGGCCUUGAGGACGUCAUAAUGACCCAACCCGGUUAUGGUGUUGAAUACGACUAUGUCGACCCCCGCAGCCUGAAGCGCACACUGGAGACCAAGGCCAUCCGCGGUCUAUGGCUCGCCGGACAGAUUAACGGUACCACUGGCUACGAAGAAGCAGCAGGCCAGGGUAUUGUCGCCGGAAUCAACGCCGGCCGGGCCGCUAUUGGUCUUGAACCCGUCACUCUUUCGCGGGCCGAUGGUUAUAUCGGCGUCAUGAUCGACGAUCUCAUCACCAAGGGCGUCUCGGAGCCCUACCGCAUGUUCACCUCGCGCAGCGAAUUCCGCAUGACCACGCGGUCCGACAACGCCGACUCGCGUCUGACCGCCCUCGGCCGCAGCUGGGGCGUCGUUGGCGACCGUCGCUGGAGCCAUUUUCAGGACGAGAACGGCCAGAUGGCCGAACUGCGCCGCAUCCUCAGCGAGACCAUCUUGUCCCCACAAGCCUGGCAGAAUGCCGGCUUCGACGUCAAGGCGGACAGCCGCAGGCGCAGCGCCUUGGAGAUUCUCUGCUUUAAGGGAGCAUCGAUUGAGAAGCUUUAUGAGUCGGGUGUUGUGCCUAAGCUGAUGGACUUUUCGGAACGCGUGCGCGAGCGGACUUUUAUCGAAGGGCUGUACGCGCCCCAGAUCGAAAAGCACGAGUUGGAGCGGGCCAGGUUUGAGCGCGAGGAGGAUCUCAGGCUGCCGCUUGAUUUGGAUUAUGACCAGAUCGCUAGCCUCUCCUUGGCCGAGAAGGGCGUGCUCAAGGCCACUAGGCCCGAGAGUCUGGCGCAGGCAAGGAGGAUAGAAGGUAUAACCCCCGCUGGAUGCAUGCGGUUGCUCGCGUAUGUGAAGAGGAGGAAUGGGGACCUCAAGAGCGGUAGCAGGUCCGGAGGUCUUGAGGAGAUUGCAUCCGAGUGGAGCAAAGAGGCGCCCGAAGCAGACCUUGACGCCGUUGGUGAGGCGUUGACUGCUGCUGAGGGUGAUAUGGAGACUGUGGAUGCUAAGGUGAGGGCUGCUGAUCUCUGACAUGCUGGCCGAGAUGAUUGAAGAUAUUACCAAAAAAGGGGAAAGGUGUCUGGUGUAACGAUAGCAUUUGAAGAAAAGCGUAGCAUAUACUGGAUGGGAAGGUCAGGUUGAUUUUUGGAGUAGAAUUUGUCAAUAUGUAUAAUACUUGGUAUAUAGAGAGUGAAGUCCUACCGAUUGUA